UAUCAAUCCUUAUUUACUACUAUGGACGGAUUAGUUUGCAUUGUUACAGGAGCUAACUCCAUGACCGGUAUCGGUCGUGCUUCCGCUUAUGCUUUCGCUAAGCAAAACGCCAAGGCUGUCUAUGUUACCGAUCUUCAUGAUAACAACCUUGCCAGUUUGGCCAAGGAUAUCAAGGAAACCACUGGUGUUGAUUGUAUUCCUAUGGCUGCUGAUGCCAGUUCCGAUGAUGACAUCAACGCUGUUAUUGAUGCCGCUUUAGCUGCAUAUGGUCGUCUUGACGUUUUCUUUGCCAACGCCGGUGUCGCUGGUAUCCAUCCUUACCUUACACAAACUAAGGAAGCUUUCCUUACUAUGAUGAGCACUAACGCCUGGAGUGUUUUCGCCGCUGUCAAAUAUGCCUCUUUAGCUAUGGAAAAGACCUCUGAAGAGAAGCCUGUUAGUGGUGGAUCUAUUAUUGCCACCUCUUCUGUUGGUGGUGUUAGAUCCGGAGGUGGACCCAUGUCCUAUUCUGCUUCAAAGGCUGCUGUUAUCAACAUUUGUCAAACUGCUGCCUGGAGAUUACACGGAAAGAACAUCAGAGUUAAUGCUAUCUGUCCUGGUCUUAUCAAGACCGAAAUGACCGAUAUUGUCUUUGAUAUUAUCAAGGACCAUAAGGACAUGGAGACCGCUCUCAUGAAGACAACUGCUUUAGAAAGAUACGGUAAACCUGAGGAGGUUGCUGCUUUAGUUACUUUCUUGGCCGGUCCCGGUGGUUCUUACAUUACUGGACAAGAUAUUAAGGUCGACGGUGGUAUUUGUGCUGCUGUCCCAUACAGCCCCUUCUUCGGUGAAACUUAAUUUAUAAUCAUUCAUAAUAUAUCAACCUACAACUCAUAUUUUCAAUUUUAAUUCACUAAAAAAUAAAAGCAAACGCGUAAUACAUAUAC